ACCCUACAAGGAGGCCGCCGCCACCGUUGAUGUGCUGAAAAAAAAAAAAAACCCAGAGAUCCCGCGCGCAGGCCACCACGCUUCCCGCCAAAAGUCUCGCCAUGGCGCCCUCGUCGCCCCGCCGCAAGGAGCCGUCGAGGCCUCUGGCGGUGCUGCCGUCCAAGAGCCCUGAGGCGCCGCCCGAGCAAAAGAAGAGGAAGACGCCGCCGCCGCAUCCGCCCGAGGCGGAGCCGCCCAAGCGGCUGUUCCAGCGUACGUGGUCCCCCGGCGACGAGAUCCGCAUCCUGGAGGCCAUCGCCGCGCACCGCCGCGCCCACGGCGGCGACCUCCCAACGGCCGUCGUGCUUCUCGCGGCGCUCGACGGCCGCCUCGAAAGGAAGGUCGUCGACGCAAGGGAUGUAAACGAGAAGCAGCGCAGCCUCAAGCGCCGCUACCAUCGCCACGCCAUGAAGGCUGCACCACCGGCAGAUGAACACGAGCGCCGCCUUUACUUCCUCUCCAGGGACGUGUGGGCUGAUGACUCCCGGCCCAAACCACCGGUCGCUCAGGCGAAAAGCGUCAGCGGAGGCUCCCCGCUGAAACCACGGACCACCAAAGCCACCAAGGACAGCAAGGAUGCCACCCAAGCGAAGAGCGACGGCGAGCCAACCAAGGACGAGACCAAGCCCAGGACUUUGGCUGAGAUGCGUGAGCAGUACCCGUACCUUGUUGAUGAGGCUAUGGUCCUCGUGGAUCCGCCGAUCCUCCAAAAACUCCUCCCCAGCAUUGAAGACAACGAGGCCCAGGCAUUGAACAAGAAGAUCAAGAAGGCGAGGAAGCAGCUCAGCAAGGCCAUCACGGAAUCGGCAAGGAUGAAAAACAUGGAAACACCCACAAUAUUUCUAUAUCAAUCCACUAAGUUUCAACUGGAAAAGCCAAGGUUGGAGAAAAAGGAUGGUGAGGAUAUUUGUGCUCAAGGACGAUUGGCACGAGUGGAGCAUGAAGUAGCAGAAUUGAGACAACUUUUCAUGUCUUCUCGAAAUCAGGCUAUAAGAUGUGAAAAUGCAGAAAGUGGUCUUCGGUCAGUUGUAGCUGAAAAUCAGAUUUCGUGCCAUAUGGUACAAAAGAAGAUAAAGGCACCAAAUGGCUUGCCCCAUGGAAAGAAUAAGGAGGUUACAUCUAAGUAUAAAUAUGAUGGUGUCCUUCCCAGCAAUGUCCCGCGUGAUAAUCUGAAACUGCAAAUAAAGGCACCAUUUAAUACGCUUCAUGGUAGGACAAGGAAGAUUGAUGCAGAGAGUCAGACUCAACGCAAUGGGGCUGGCAAAGAGGUUGUCUUGAUUUCACUAGGACGACCACGUAUUCCAGUAGGCAAAGCUAUUCUUGAACACAGUUCUCAGUCUACAAUAGUAGGGGGCAUGGCACUUGGAACACAAUGUUGUAAGGUGUUUCUAAGAGAGGUAUUGCAAAGGGAUGCUCCACUGUUUCACAAAUAUGGGGAGAUGGAGAAGAUGUCCGAUGCACUUUAUUGUUCCAUUCCAUGGCCAAGUGUCCUAGUCAACGGUAAUUCCAUUGCUAGCAAGGCACCGCUUUACCAACUGUCUCAUCAAGACAUUAUUAAUUGCCUUCUGCUAUGCGAAACCUGUGCUCUUCAAAAACACCAUGUCAAUUUUCCUUGUAAUUUCUCAGUUUUUGGUGUUUUCUUGUUGACCAUCUAUAUAGGGUAACCUGUCCAAUGAUACACCUUUGAGCAAUUUCCAAAACUCUGCAUUUGGUGUCAACUAGAAUGUUGUUGCGAACAUGCUCUAGUUUACGUUGACUAUUCUUUUUGAUAAG